UACCGCAAUUACAGAGGGUUCUAGAUAGUGCUUACGAUCAUUUUUGGCUCCGUCAACAAUCUUGCUCACGGUUAUAAUUUUGGCGUCUCACGUGACGUAAAACUAGGACAGUUAUUCGUCGCUGUGUGGGAAGAAAUGGCGGUCGGAUUUAAAAAUGCAAAUUCUGGUGAUGGUCAACAGAAAUUUUAGUUUUAUGUUUGUGCAAAAAGACUAUUGAGACAGUCUCUUAAAAUAUUCUGGACUACAGAGAGUUGUCGAAGUAGCCCUGGGGUUCUCGGUAAAAUGUAGAACGCUGAUGGAUUACAUAUUGAGUAAAAAGCUCCAACUCUGGUUUCUGUGAGCAGUUCACUUGCAGUGUCGAGUUCACAGCACGGACGUGUGCUUCUUUGGCUUUCCAUAAUUAUAUUAGGUACAGCUGGUUUUGCAGAAAACAUGGCUAGAUAUCAAUUUGGCAAUCACUGUGACUUAAUUUGCGGCAGUAUUUGAUCAUAUCAGCACUUGUUUUAUUUACAAAUUAAGGCAAAUACCCGUUUCAUUUGUUAUUUUGAAAAACGCCGUCAAAACAAUAUAACGUUAUGUAGUCUAUAGACCUUAAAGCUUAUUUAUUUAAGCAUGUUUUAUUAUUUUUGCCGUUGUAAAAGUGUGGUUUAAUAAUUGAGCUUGAUGGACAUUCUAAAAGCUCGUCAUUAUCAUAAUCCAAAAAAUAAUUCUCGCUUAUUUAAUUUUAUUUUUUUGCUGGACCGCAAGGCGAAUGCAGUACAGUUGGCUAUCGCUGCAUGUGGUCAUGAGGCCAGGCGACCGUCCAGAAGCUCUCCGACAGAUGAGGAAGCUCGGGUACUCAAUUCAGUCAGAUCUUCGCAAUCAGUUACAAUGUGCAGUCACGGUUUGCGACUCUCUCUUGCCCUGCUCUCUCUCGUUUCUGGCGCUGCGUCUGAAUACUCCACUAAGACCGACUCCGAUUACGAUUUCGGCGACUACCGAGGCAAGUGGUGUUUAGAUGAGCACGGGUUUGUAUACAACAUUGGGGAAAUCUAUUACCCCAGUCCCACGUCUUGCCCCUGCACCUGCACCAACGAUGGACCUCUUUGCGUGAAGCCCCAAUGCCCGCGGAUACACCCACGCUGCACGCGCAUCCGUUACCAGUCCUGCUGUCCAGUCUGCGAAGCUGUGGGCAAAGCGUGCGUGCACGCGGGCAAAACCUAUAAAGUCCUAGAGGAAUUCAAGCUGUCUCGGUGUGAGAAGUGCCGGUGUGCGGCCAACAGGCAGGUGUACUGCACGGUGUCUGAGUGCCCCGCCCUCCACUGCGUCAACCCCACAUACGAGCCCCACCACUGCUGCCCCGUCUGCAAGAGUGGGCCCAACUGCUUCGCGGGGAACACGGUGAUCCCGGCAGGGGUGCGGGUGGAGGUGGACGAGCACACGGUCUGCUUCUGCUCCUACAAGGACGGGACAUGGGAGACGCACCCCCAGGCCACCUGCGAGGAGCACAGGCCGCCCGAUGCCUCCGGCGGGACGUCCGAGCAGAUGGUGGAGGAGCGGCUCACACCCCCGCCGGACCUCAUCCCGUGAGGGAGGGGCACGGGCCUGGCACAGCUCCCCACGGUACCCCCUGCUGAUGGGACGGGGGUCUGCUAUCCCCCUCCCUGUACAUACCUGUCCCGUUGUGUGUUUAGAGAGUUAGCAGAGACUGCCCCUGUAGUAUAGGGGCGCUCUGUUCACAUGCACUCUCCUUGUAUGAUAUGGACUUUAAAUAUUAAAAUGUGCCCCUGUAAAUUUUUUUUUUUUUUUCAGAAAAUGGUGAGCAAACUGGUCAUAUAUUUAUUUGUAAUUUGCAGGACAGUAGUGUUUAAUGUUGACCUGUAGUGUUAUACAGUAACAUUAGUGAUUCCUUUUUAAUGAAAAUCAUAACUCCUGUGAUAUUCACAGAUUCUCUUGGUAUCCUGAGUCUUCUGAAUACAAACACUGAAUAUAAGCAGGAAAAGUAAAACUGAAAUGACAAGAGUACGUUGGCAUGAUCAGUUGAAACUUAUUGCAUUUACCGUGUAUAAUGUCUCUCCUUGCAAGUCCUGUCUGUGAUUUUUUUUUUUUUUUUUGUUGAAGUACAAAGCCUGUAGCUUUGCUUUUAAUAAACGUACAUUUAACUUUA